AUGUCCCAAACUCUUCCCAACCGCCGUGAGCAGAGCCUCUCCAAGAUUCGACUUGGGGUCUCACGACGUCACAGUCAUGCCGCUGGCGUUGACUCGGCGAGUUCUGUCAACUAUACAUUGACAUAUUUUACGAUUUAUCGAAGCAUGCAUGAACCCUCAACAUCCUGGACCUCUCACGCAACAUCAGGUUGGAAUGUACGGCGUCCACACUCUUGCUCUUCAUCAGGGGCUCUUACACACAGCGCAGAGUUUCACCUAGGAGCUCAGACACCAAGAUUGCAUUGA